UUUCUGCAAGGACGUUUGUUAAAACUCAAAAUUGAGUCAAUACAGUUUACAGUCAAAACCUUUCAGUUUACUUUUUGAAGCUUCUGUCAAAUUGACUCGACUUCCCAGGGUUCAAUACAACAGGAAUGGACAAUAAAUGAAGAGAACGCUUUGAUAUUUCCUGUUUGCUCGUAGUAUUAUUAUCUUUUAUACAGUUAGGUUAAAUUAAAGUUUAUGCGUGACUUAAUAUUGGAUAUAGCAGAUAAAUUGAUUGCUGCUAUUAACUUCCCUCCUUUCUACACAUGCGCUAAAAUGACAUAAAUUAUCUGAAAAGUUAUUGCAUCCAUCUAGAAUUCUAGUGUACAGAGCAUUUCCACUUAGGGGUCAACAGCCAUAAACAUUUGUUGGAAUAAGAUUGUGUUUAGUAUAGAGUUCAACUCAAACAGGACUGGUUUAGGACACCAACGUGGUCGCAGUUCCGUUCCUUUCGUACAUCAAUAUGGCUGCUGUGACGUCAUGUGAAAACGUUCUAUUUUUUAUGGAUUGCUGAUAUCUUCUUUGGUUAGGAAGGUUUCUUGAGGGAGGAGAGGGACAGAAUAUGUCACAUUCGCCUGCCUGCUAUGACAAUCUGAAAGCACCCCCACCCCCACUCCCCUCAAAAAAUCGCCGGCCAAGAGUGGAAUUACAAAAAUGCCAGGCAUUUUGAGAAACGAAAAACAACAUUAUAUUAGUCCGUAUAUUAAUAAAAUGUUCUUAAACGAUAGAAGUGUUUAUUCAUAACAUCCUUCUGUUGACUCGUUGUUGUAACUCUGACCUAACUCUGUGAACAUCUCAUAUUUAAUCACUACAUUCCUGGAUGGAUUGUCUGUUUUUCCUUUCUUUUUUUUACUUCCAAUUGUUUAAUUUUCUCUCAUUCAAUGAGGUUCAAGUCGUCAUUGUCAGAAAUGUGCCGAGUCUGCUCUGGUCUGAAAUAGCUGGAUAUUAAUUUUUUAGGCCAAAUUAAGAUGAAGAAAUUGUCUUUCGGAGUCAUUUGGUUUGGUUUGUUGUGUAGUUUCUGGUUGCCCAGCGUUCAAGGAGCAGGAGAGUACAUCAUAAACGAGGAAUAUGAUGCCAUCCUUGUAAGGUGUGCCAUUGCAUUCCUUGUGUUGGCAAUAAUCUUCUUGAUUCUCUUGAUUAUAACGUCAGUGUGUGUCUACAGAAGAAUCGACGAAGACAGGACGCUACAGAAGACAUACCAAGUGUCUUACCGCGAACGCGAAAGUGUUGGUGACAUAAGCAGUCCCUUUUAUGGACAUAGCAUUUACUCUCGCCGCACAACGAACUCCAUUUACCUACCUGGGAUUAAUUCGGCUACAGUGAUUGGCACAGAUGGCAAGCCAGUGAAGAAUGCUUCUUAUGAAAAUGAAGCCGCCGUUAUGGAAGUCGAGGUAAAAAGAGGUUCACCACCAACAGAAAAGGGUCAGAAGGAUACCAUGGUUAGCGAGAAAAUGGCCAAAUUGGAAUCAACUUUCGACAACAGCGGCUACGAGAGGGGAGAGAGGUCUGUGGACGACACCUCCCGCUCCAGCCGCACCUCCCGCUACACCACCACUACCAUCAGUACUUCUAAACAGCUGUAGAAUCAAGCACAAAGAAGCUCUCUGAAGCCCUAUACUGGCAGCGCGUGUCAUGUAAAGGCGUUUCUUUUGAAAAAAAAAAAAAAAAAACGGGCUUGGGCGAGGGACACAAUAAUGCUUCAGAAAUGGAACGGAGUUAUUGCGUAUGUGAUCCAGCUGGUUAAUGUUGUUUUUCCAACUUUAUUCCAAGUGAUUGCACUUGUUACAAUGUAUUAACAUAAGUGCACACGUAACAAAAAAAAGUAACAGUAAAGAUUAAGCAUGAUGAGCAGGUCAGACAUAUCACAUUUAGUCAACCACAAAUACAUGCAAUUAUUUACCGGUUCAGGAAUAGCCUUGCGUUACCUAUUGGAUAUAGAUCUCGAUGGGCUCCAUACCCAAUAUUGUUCACCAUGUAAUAAACCAUCACCGUGCCAAGUUUGGUGCUUUUACCACAAAACCCACAAUUCUUAUAAACCAGUGCGCGAAUCUGCUGGACUAUAAGGAAACAAGGCGCUUAAUAGAUUCGAGAUUUAGUUAUAAAGUGACGUUGGAGAUGGGUAGAUUACUUCAUGGUCGGUGAGCGCGAACGAAUUUUAUUUACGAGUUGUGAAGAAUCGGCAAACGAGCGAGUGAGCGCAGCGAACGAGUUACUGAGUUUACGAUUCUUUACCACAAGCCACAAGGAUAUUUUCGAUGAUUUGAAAAUUUAUAUUCUUUUAAACUGCAGGAUGCUGUUCUGAGUCCUGUCGUACUAUUCUUUUUUACGCCUUAACUUUUAAUGGAGUGUAUUUUUUUUUCCAUAUACCCAAUCGUACUCUUUUGGUACGCUUUGGCAGCAUAGCAGGCAAGUUUGGUCGAGCCAGGGUUCGUAUUUUGGCGAGACGUAGUCGAUCCAAAUCAUCCAUUGAGAGACCAAAUGAGUCUGAUAUGCAGCCGAAGCGUACCAAAAAGGUGCGAUUAGGUAUUUACCGUACCCAAAUUCGGCCAGGUGACCAUGACCUCGUGACUAUACCAGGUCAGUGACUCGAUAUCGCAGGAUAUCCCGACAGUAUACACAGCUUAUGAUUGGCUAAUUGAGAAUUUGGGAACGGUAACAGCACACUCAAGCGCCCAUACACGAGGCUUGUAGUAAACACCGGAUCAAUCGGUUAAGACAUAUGGCUGUAUAUUCCAGAUUAAACGUACCCGUAUUGCUUAAAAAUUCA